AAUACGCACAAAAUACACAUGUCCAUUUGCUCGAUUCGAGUUGAAUUGAAAGUUUCGUUCAACUUGGAGAAACUUACAAUAAUUUAGAGUCAAAUUUCUCAAUUCCAGCUUUACUCGCCAUUUCGGAAGUCUUGAACUUCGCCACUUGCGUGCCUGCGACUGACUCGAGUAGAACUUUUGUUAACUUGAGCAAUUAGUAGUGACUAGUAGUGACACCAAGAAAUUCUUUAGUUAAAUAUUUACGGUACUAACAAGCAACAAGUCUGUGAGACUAAACCUUAGAAAUGAUUUGGUUUCACACGAGUCAUCAUCAAUCCGUCGGACCCAGCAGAGGCUAAACUAUCUGGUGGUAGGAUAGAUACUACUACGGGUAGUUCAUGAAGACCAAAAUGAAGACUAACGGCGACAGUGGCAGGCCAUUGUCGCCAGCAUCAAUCAACGCUAUCGUCAAUCAGGAAGAGGAAGAGGACGAAGAAGGAAGCAAGAAAGAAUUGGUGUUGACGGUUUUGACCAUUAAAGAGCUGAGGGACGCUGUUCACCGCCAUAUCUAUGGACCCCACUCUGUCGCCUUCAACUUUGAGGGUGCUGAAUCACUUGACGAAAUCAUUCCGCAAAUCUUUACCUACGAACAGCAACGUGGUGCUAUGGAUAAUGCGGAAAAAGAAAGACUCUACGAAAAGCUCAUGUCUGAUCUCAACCAAGCUGGAUAUAAUCAAGAAAAUAUUCCACAACAUCCGAAACAGAAACCAACUUUUGAAAGUACCGAAGAUUUACUCAGUUGCCUAUCUGACGAAUCUUGUUCUCUUGUACGAACUAAUGGUACUUCGCAAACAACCUCUCACCCUACGUCUACGAUGAGCUUAUUACCAUCUCUUGACUGCACUGGCGUAAAUACCUCUGAGAUUCCGAUCAACAUUGCUCAUCCUCCCAGCAUGGGGGGGAAGUUAAACUCCGACGAUGACCCUAAUAAACAACAUAUCUUUGGACUUUUGGAACAUAAUGAAUGCAUAAUUGAUAUAGAAGACGGACAAGCAGCGUUCGAAGACAUUCAUCUCGAAGAAGUGCCUUUGGAUCAAGUUGAACACACGGAUCUUAUCCAGCCAUCAUCAUCGCAAGAAGUUAUCGCAAAGCCAGGUACGGAGGACCAUAGCUCAUCUGACUCAGAGUCCUCCUACUAUUCUGCAGCGUCCAAUCUGUCCAACUCGACGACAGAAAUUCUCACACGAAAAUCGCCAAGUAAUGCCAAUAUGUCUUGUGAUGAGCCAAAUAGUGCCACUACUACGAUUAAUGCAACAGAAAAGACUGUGAAGGCGAAGACUCCUCCUCUUUCCCUCUUCACUAAUCCCGAACUGACUAAUGAAGAGCUGGUGCUUUGGAACAAAUUUAAUUGUCGUCCCUUAGUAGUUCGAAUCGACAAAUUUAUAAACAUAGUGAAGAGUGAAAUUAAAGAUUUGCCAAUACCAGUUAAAAGGGGAAGAGGUAGACCACCAGGGAAAGGGCGAAUGGCUAACAAAAAUUACCAGAAAAAUGCUCAAUCCCCAGUUGGACAAACUUUUGUUGCCGAAUGUUCAUCACCCUCAGUCGAAAUACUAUCACCAGUUAUCCAAACGUUACCACAAUCACUCUUCCCAUUACAACAAGAGGAAAGUUAUGCCAAGGUGGAAGGUGCAACCAGGACAGGGACAGGGAAGACAAGGAUAAAAGCUAGGAAAGUAUUACCUGGAGAGCUCCCUGCUGCUACUUUGAGUCCACAAGACGUCAGUCUGAGUAGUUGUCCAGUAAUUCCAAACGAGGAUGAAAGUAACAGAAAAGUACAAGUACAAAUGAAGUUGAACGUGAAUCUACCCACCCCACCGUCUUCUAAGAAGCAAUAUCUCUCUGGAGAGCACGAACCGUUUCAACUGACGACGAAUUUGACAUGCCAUACCACGUAUCCCCAGGAGAGGAAUUUGCAAGCAAUACUUCCUACUACGAUUACUUCUCCCAGUUCUGCUCAGCAACCUACCAGUGUAAGCUCAGAAUCUAGUUCGACACAGACAAGCUUACAUCGUCAUUCGCUCGAAGAAGAAUCUCUUACUGUUGCCCCUCUCCCGAAAUCAUCAUCGCCCUCGCCACCACUGGUCAUGGGGAUUAGGUCGUCGUUAUUCUCCCGCGUUGACCAAGAAACACAAGAAGCCUUAUCGGCCCCUACCAUCAACAAUACUGACAGUCCUGUUGAGUUGUCAAUUGAGGAAGAAUUAGACGCAUUACUUGGCCCUAUUCCCAUAUUUUUGACUGGGGAAGAUCGGGUGCAGAUGUCACUGGGCGCGAGCGAGGGAGAAUUUCCGGAAGUAGCGGCACUCUUGCCCGAAAUUUUUUCCGAAACACCAAGUCAAGAAUCAUUCCUUGCUGAAGUCGAUGUUGCUGAGGUUGAAGUUGGAUCUCAAAAUGAUGAUGAGGAUCAUCAUAAUGUAGUUUUGAUGGAGAAUGAGGAAGCCCAUCAAGAGUCGCCACUACCUGAAUCAGACGAACACAAGGCACCUUCAUCCCCAAAAAAGUGUGCAAAAAGUCCGAAAAGAUCACCCGGUCCUGGUCCCAAAUCGAUGACCAAAUCGCGAGAGUCUGCCACCACCACAGAUCAGCAUCAAGAGCCUAACAGCUCCAGUAAUAACAUGGAAGAACCUGCCAUAAAGCGGUUAAAACGAGGAGUUUCACCAUCUUCGUCCUCCAGUUCGGACACUUAUCUUCCCCUUGUCCCUCCAUCAGUAUCACAAUCCUUGAACAAGAGAAAGUCUCUCUCAAAGUCUAAUAGCUCGCCAUCGAAAGGUAAAACUCGCACACCCCCCUCUGGUCAGUCGACGCUCAAGAAGGGUACCUCUUCAAAAGCUGUUCUGCUUGUGGAUGACGUGGACGUUGACGAAAGUGACAGUAGUAGUAGCAGCAACAGUUCUGAGGAAGACGAAUCUGGCCCAAGUUCCGAAGAGGAUGUUGAUCUGUUUCUAAUAUUGCCUGCGAAGCCACAAGAGAAGAAAUUGCUACUGUCGAUGAAGGCCGAGUGCUUAAAGGAAUCUCCAAGGAUGAGCCAACUCGAAGAUCUCAUGACUCGCACCAGUUCCUACAGACGACGAUUUUUGGAGAAGGAUAACUAUGACAUUCACCACGGCCUGAUAAUGUUUCCUCCCUUGAAGGACUAUCGAUUUAUAAAAUCUGAGUUUAACGAACUUACUCCGGCCGUCGCUGGUGGACGGAUGCAAUGGCUGGAAGAACUGUUGAAAGACCAGCUUCAUAAUGCGUGGUCUUCAGUGAAAAAGAGACCCGGACAAAAGAGGCACGGAUUGUGGGAGCGAGCAUUGCUUCAUGCCCGAUCGGACAAGCAGCAAAUGUCCAAAAACGUGAAGCGAGUGCUGGGUAUGAUUUGUCUGUGUUUCCAUUGGGCGGAGAAUGACGUCCCGAAAAACUUGUUGCUCGUUAGAAAUAGGAAUGAGCCCCUCAAUUGGAAAUCAAUAUCCACUCCCCGACUCGUAAUGUUUGAAGACGAAGUAGAAAUGGACCAAGCUGCGUCCAUGUAUAUUUAUGCCGAAGGACUUCGACAUAUCCAAGUCCCAAACAUUUAUGAAGGUGUAUUGACCGUCUAUGCUAUGCAUUAUUUAUUCAGCAUAGAAUAUGCACCUUCUCUGAAGCCUUUGUUUAAGCAUUUCGACAAGCUUACAAAUAUUACCGGAUAAGUUUGUUCUGCAACUCUGAUAAGGAAUCGUCGUUUGGUUGUCGCCAUCAAAGAACAAGGAGUAUGAAAAUGACGGAUCACUAUAAUGCAGGCAGUAUUAUUAAAGUGAUUCAGCACCAAAUUGCCUUGUGAUAUAAAACAAGUGUUGACUAAUUUUAUGAUUUAAUGAAAUGUGAAAAUUGAAAUUUAAUCGCAUUUCAAUCGGAUAGUUUAAAUCCAAUUUAGUAUUAUAAUUAUUGAGGCUUUGACUAGUCUCAAUCAUCAGCAAUCUUAUUAUAUUGCUCAAAGUUUAUUUGUUUAUCUUUUUUGACGAAAAUAAUAUUCCUAAUUUAUUUAUUUAUGAUUUGUAGUAAUGCGGGAUCGAAUACAUGCUACAUUAGACUGAUUUGUUAUUCCGAUAUUUUUGACAUUUGAUUUGUACAAGUACCAAUAUAUCUAUAUGUACAUCAAUUUCUAAGUUCUACUUGUUUAUUUUUUGAUAUAUAAACUCAAUCUGUAGCCACCACAUUUUGUUCACUGACUAGAUGAGUCAAUAUUGUCAAAUACUAAAAAAGAUACUUGAUAUGAAUGUAAUAAUACUUCUACUACACAUUUUAUUUUACAAAUGACAAAGUAAUAAAUUGGAAUUGAUGUUGUGAGAGUUUGACUUUAAUGAAUAAUCUUGUAGUUGGUCCGUCCAUAAUAAUAAGCUUUGUGUUAUCAACUUCUUAAUUCGAUAUUUUUUCUAUGUACCAAUUGCUCGCACUCGUAAUAAAAGAUUGUCAGAUCAACUAAAAUAAAAA